AUGGCAUCCUUCGUCUAUUCUUCAUCUUCGCUGCCACCAAAGACCCCGAAGGAGUGGGAGGUGGUCUUGAUGGAGGUCAAGCGGCUCUACCUUGACCGACAGUACAAACAAUGUGCAGCUCGCGCUACAAAGCUCCUCGCAACGACCGGAAAAACAGAUGUAAGUGUGCGAUGUCUUGAGGUUUUCCCCAAGGCUUGGCAACUCAUCAUUUUGAUGCAGGUUCAUCCGAUCUACAUAGCCUACCUGGCGUUUCACGCGGCUAUCUCCUACGAGUUCCUGGGCCAAGCAGCCCAUCUCUACUCGAGCAACAAGGUCAACUAUCUCCAGGCCGCUCUUGACUCUUUUUUGGAGUGUCUCCGUUCUAUUCCAGAGUCCUUUCCAUUGCCAAAGCUGGCUACGGUCUACCCAACUCCUCCUCCGAGUCCUCAAUCCGUGUCUCAGACGCAGUCGCCUCUGACAUCCUACGAUUAUUCUGCAACUUCCGACGAAGCUCAAGAGUGCUCACCUCUACAACCUCUCGUCGUCGACGCUCUGACGCGAAUGAUUGAUGUCUCCCUCAAUAUUCCGGAUGUCGAGGAUCCAUUCGUUUCCGACUCGGAGACUGAAGGCCAGGAUUUUUUCAUGCGGGCCUGCAUUGCAUCGGUUGACGCUCGUGGUGGAUCACUCCAGAACAAUGCACUCUUCCGAGUUCAACUGCCCCAAGUCACAGACACAAAUGAACUCGAAGAGUUCAUCAAAAUGAAUUCCUUGAUGCCGUCUCCGCUCCGCGUUAGAAAGUCGGUAUGCGAGUUGCCUCCGCCAGUUAGAAGGUACCCUGGAAUGUUUGACACCCCCACGAAGCUGGGAAAAUCGGUUCGUGCUCGACGUCCAUUGCAGCCUAUCCCAGAAAUUCGGUUGAACCUUGGCCAUAUCAAGUUGACUGCAGCCCAGGUGGCUAAGGGGUUGGCUGCCCGUUCAAGCCCAAGUCGCAUCCCAAGGACCCCUACGAAGAACGGCCCCAAGGGAGAUGAGCGCGAGGGCAAUGAGAACAAGGGUAAUGGGCACAAGGGCGAAGAAAAGACCGUCCAGAAUAAAGCCACUACGCCCAUGCUUCAGCCGGGGGUUGACUUUCUUCGCUCGCAAGUGAACGCCAACAUCUCCGACGUCAGGCGGCACGUGGAGAAGGUUGCCGAGAUUCAGAGAGUUCGUCGCGCUCGAAAGAUUCGGCGCGCCGCAUCCUUCUGGAGCUUCUCGCCCGUCACUCAGGCAGAAGGAGGCAAAGUCGACCUGGAGCCGGAGCUGAUCAUGGACGAACUUGGCAAUGUUUUGGCCAAAGAGUCCAAGGAACAGCGGAUUGCCCGGCUCCGGGCCGAUGGUUGGACUACCGUGGGCAUGCGUUCUCCCCGUAGCACCUGGAAGGGAGCCGGUUACUACCAGGAGCUCUGUAACGUGGUGCUGACUGAGAUGUGUGUGGAUAACUGA